UCCAGCGCCUGCGUCCGCCGGGCCGGGCUCUGCACGGCGAGAGGCCGGACGGGAACCGGCAGCCGCGCCCCGGAGCAAGCGGGGAGGGACAUGGGGCGCGGCAGCUCUCCCAGGUCUCGCAGGUUCCGGAGCCCGGAGGGCUCCCCAAGAGGUCUCCGCAGCGCCCCCUUCUUCUCACCCGGGGUUUGGGUCCCACAGUGAUUGAGAGACUUCUAAGUCUUCUGCUCUACCAUGGCUAAUGGAGUGAUCCCUCCGCCCGGGGGCGCCUCCCCCCUACCCCAGGUCCGGGUGCCCUUGGAGGAACCCCCUCUGAGUCCAGAUGUAGAAGAGGACGAUGAUGACUUGGGCAAGACCUUGGCUGUGAGCAGGUUUGGGGACCUCAUCAGCAAGACCCCGGCCUGGGACCCCGAGAAGCCUAGCCGCAGCUACAGCGAGCGGGACUUUGAGUUUCACCGGCACACAUCCCACCACACCCAUCACCCGCUCUCAGCCCGCCUGCCUCCACCCCACAAGCUGCGGCGACUGCCCCCCACCUCUUCUCGGCACACCAGGAGGAAGAGGAAGAAGGAGAAAACCUCUGCUCCCCCCUCAGAAGGGACACCCCCCAUACAGGAGGAGGGGGGAGCUGGAGCAGAAGAGGAGGAGGAGGAGGAAGAGGAAGAAGAAGAAGGAGAGUCUGAGGCAGAGCAUGCGGAGCCUCCAUCUUUAGGGCCCCCACAGAAAGCAAAGUUCUCCAUUGGAAGCGAUGAGGAUGACAGCCCAGGCCUUUCUAACAAGGCUGCCUGUACGAAGGCCCUGCCUGCCGUGGGCCUGCACUCUGACCAGAGCCCCCAGCGCCCUGGCAGCUCUCCCAGUCCCAGGACCCGGGCUUCCCGUAUCUCUACAGAGAAGAGCCGGCCUUGGAGUCCAUCAGCCAGCUAUGACCUGCGGGAGCGAUUGUGCCCAGGCAGCGCUCUGGGCAACCCUGUGCCAGAGCAGCGGGUGCCCACUGAUGAGGCAGAGGCCCAAAUGCUGGGUUCUGCCGACCUGGAUGACAUGAAGAGUCAUCGGCUGGAGGACAACCCUGGUGUGCGGCGGCACUUGGUGAAGAAACCAUCCCGGACCCAGGGUGGGAGAGGCAGCCCCAGCGGCCUGGCUCCCAUCCUGCGCAGGAAGAAGAAGAAAAAGAAGCUGGACCGAAGGCCUCACGAGGUGUUCGUGGAGCUGAAUGAACUGAUGCUGGACCGGAGCCAGGAGCCGCACUGGCGCGAGACAGCGCGCUGGAUCAAGUUUGAGGAGGAUGUGGAGGAGGAGACAGAGCGCUGGGGGAAGCCCCAUGUCGCCUCGCUCUCCUUCCGUAGCCUGCUGGAGCUCAGGAGAACCAUUGCCCAGGGAGCGGCUCUCCUGGACCUGGAGCAGACCACCCUGCCAGGCAUCGCUCACCUUGUGGUGGAGACCAUGAUUGUAUCUGACCAGAUCCGGCCUGAGGACAGGGCUAGUGUUCUGAGGACCCUACUCCUGAAGCACAGCCAUCCCAAUGACGACAAGGAUAGUGGCUUUUUCCCUCGAAACCCAUCAAGCUCCAGUGUGAACUCUGUCUUGGGGAAUCACCACCCAACCCCUAGUCAUGGCCCUGAUGGUGCAGUACCCACCAUGGCUGAUGACCUAGGGGAGCCAGCCCCGUUGUGGCCACAUGACCCUGAUGCCAAGGAGAAGCCCCUCCACAUGCCUGGGGGAGAUGGUCACCGGGGGAAAAGCCUGAAACUACUGGAGAAGAUCCCUGAAGAUGCCGAGGCCACCGUUGUGCUUGUGGGCUGUGUGCCUUUCUUGGAGCAGCCGGCAGCAGCUUUUGUGCGGCUCAGUGAGGCUGUCCUCCUGGAGUCUGUGCUUGAGGUCCCUGUGCCUGUUCGCUUCCUCUUUGUGAUGCUGGGACCCAGCCAGACCAGCACGGACUACCAUGAGCUAGGCCGCUCUAUUGCCACCCUCAUGUCUGACAAGCUGUUUCACGAGGCUGCCUACCAGGCAGAUGACCGGCAGGACCUUUUGGGUGCCAUCAGUGAGUUCUUGGAUGGGAGCAUCGUGAUCCCCCCAUCGGAGGUGGAGGGCCGUGACCUACUACGCUCUGUGGCCGCCUUCCAGCGCGAGCUGCUGAGGAAGCGACGGGAGCGGGAACAGAACAAAGUGGAGAUGACCACCCGGGGGGGCUAUGCGGCCCCUGGCAAAGAACUGUCUCUGGAGAUGGGGGCCUCCGAGGCACCCUCUGAAGAUGAUCCCCUGCAACGAACAGGCUCAGUGUUUGGGGGGCUAGUGAGAGAUGUGAAGCGCCGGUACCCACACUACCCCAGUGACCUGCGGGACGCACUGCACUCCCAGUGUGUGGCCGCUGUACUCUUCAUCUACUUCGCAGCCCUCAGCCCUGCUAUCACCUUUGGGGGGCUGCUAGGAGAGAAGACAGAAGGGCUAAUGGGCGUGUCAGAGUUGAUUGUGUCCACGGCUGUGCUUGGGGUCCUCUUCUCACUGCUGGGGGCCCAGCCGCUGCUCGUGGUGGGCUUCUCUGGGCCUCUGCUGGUCUUCGAAGAAGCCUUCUUCAAGUUCUGCCGAGCUCAGGACCUGGAAUACCUCACCGGUCGAGUGUGGGUGGGCCUCUGGCUGGUGGUCUUCGUCCUGGCCCUGGUGGCUGCAGAGGGCAGCUUCCUGGUCCGCUACAUCUCGCCGUUUACCCAGGAGAUCUUCGCUUUCCUCAUCUCGCUAAUUUUCAUCUAUGAGACUUUUCACAAGCUCUAUAAGGUGUUCACAGAACAUCCUUUGCUGCCAUUCUACCCACCCGAGGGAACCCUGGAGACUGGCUUGGAACUAAAUAGUAGCGCCCUGCCUGCCACGGAGGGACCACCAGGCCCAAGGAACCAGCCCAAUACAGCUCUGCUAUCCCUCAUCCUCAUGCUGGGGACUUUCCUCAUUGCCUUCUUCUUGCGCAAGUUCAGGAAUAGCCGCUUCCUGGGGGGCAAGGCUCGACGCAUCAUUGGGGAUUUUGGAAUUCCCAUCUCCAUCUUGGUGAUGGUCCUGGUGGACUACUCUAUCACAGAUACCUACACACAGAAGCUAACGGUGCCGACAGGGCUCUCGGUGACUUCGCCGCAUAAGCGCACGUGGUUCAUCCCACCCUUGGGCAGCGCCCGCCCCUUCCCACCGUGGAUGAUGGUGGCUGCUGCCGUCCCCGCACUCCUGGUUCUCAUCCUGAUAUUCAUGGAGACACAGAUCACUGCGCUCAUUGUCAGCCAGAAGGCACGGAGGCUUCUCAAGGGUUCCGGCUUCCAUCUUGAUCUGCUCUUGAUUGGCUCUUUGGGUGGCCUCUGUGGGUUAUUCGGAUUGCCUUGGCUCACAGCUGCCACUGUCCGCUCUGUCACCCAUGUCAACGCGUUGACCGUAAUGCGUACUGCCAUUGCACCUGGUGACAAGCCCCAGAUCCAGGAGGUGCGGGAGCAGCGGGUCACCGGGGUGCUCAUUGCCAGCCUUGUGGGUCUCUCUAUCGUCAUGGGAGCUGUGCUGCGCCGGAUCCCCCUGGCUGUGCUCUUCGGGAUUUUCCUGUACAUGGGGGUCACAUCAUUGUCUGGUAUCCAACUGUCCCAGCGUCUACUGCUCAUAUUCAUGCCAGCAAAGCACCAUCCUGAGCAACCCUACGUGACCAAGGUGAAGACCUGGCGGAUGCACCUGUUCACCUGCAUCCAGCUGGGCUGCAUCGCGCUGCUCUGGGUGGUCAAGUCAACGGCGGCCUCGCUGGCCUUCCCUUUCCUGCUGUUACUCACGGUGCCCCUGAGGCGUUGCCUUUUGCCCCGGCUCUUCCAGGACAGGGAGCUGCAGGCGCUGGACUCUGAAGAUGCUGAACCAAACUUUGACGAGGAUGGGCAGGACGAGUACAAUGAGCUACACAUGCCUGUGUGACCCUAAAGAUGGUGACCCUUAGAGACCCCACCUUGGUGACUCACAGACCCUAGGAACCCAGCACCAGGGCCGCCAGGCGUUCCUCAGGACCCAGGGAUGUACCUGGGUCACUGCCCAUGCCAGGCCAGCUCAGACGGCACCGGCUUUGAAGUCAUUAUAACACACUCCUUGCCUCGU